UACGAUCUUUUGAAGAGCCAUGAGCAGCAUGGACGAGGUCUGGGCCGCGAUGAAGCGCGAGAACGACGUCCGCCCCGUGGCCUUCCGCGCCAAGCCCCCGAAAGAUGCUCCGAGCACGAAGGCCAAGAAGGCCAAGAAGCCGCUUACGGCCAUGGCGAUGGCGAAAGAAGAUGCAGCUCGGUCCAUCGAGGUCACGACGGCCGACGAGACAAGCCGUGACGGCGACCUCGACGAGCUCGGCGACGACGUGGCCGCCAUGACGCUCACGGCCGACGACAUCCUCAUCAAACACCAGCGCGAUCUCAACUGCCUCAGCGACGAGCAACAAGGCGUGCGCAAGCGGGCGAUAUCGGUGCUAUCGGCCGUCGUCGCGGCCGCGCCGCCCUCAAUCCUCCCCGCACUCUUCCCGUCCUUUGCCAAGCCGCUCUUCAAGCGCUUCAACGAUCCCGUCGAGAAGGUGCGCGAUACGAGCAUCCAGCUCACGACCACGUUCCUCUUACACCACGACAACCUGCUUCCGAUCCUGCCGUACCUCAUGCCAGCCGUCGUCACGCGCCUCGGUAGUCCAUGGAGCUUUGACGAAAAGCUCCAAGUGUUUAUCGCGAGCGAGACACUGCGAGCUGCCCACGAGCGCGGUCGCAUCUUCGUCCCCGAGGCUGACGUCGGCCCGUACAAGAAGCCACGCGAACCCUCCGAGGAAGUCCGCGGUCACUUGAUCACGCUCCUGCACACGCUGCUCGAGGUGCUCUUUGCACAGCAAGCGUCGUCGCUUCUCAACGCGUACGUCUACGACAUCCUCUGUGUUCUCGUCCUCGGCGUCCACGACCACUGCCCGGACGUUGCGAUCCGCUCGUGUGACGCGCUGGUGCCCCUGUCGCACAACAUGGUCUCGGUGCUUAAGCACUUUAGCGUCGCGUUGGUUCGCGCGUGCAAGCACUUGCUCGAACACCGCAUGGCGCGUGUCCGCGUCGCCGCCAUGCGCUGCAUCCGAGACCUCGUCAUGGUGCCCAACGUCGAGAAAUGCAAGGGCAGUGGCACCGAAGCGAUCGCCGACCUUGUCGCGUACCAAGACGAAAACAUCAUCCCGGUCUCGGCCUUUUACACGCACGAGGUCAAGGUCAAUGUCUUCGCCAAGCUCGACCAAGACGCCAACGUUAGCGUCCGACGCGCGUUCUACGAGACCAUCAUGGCGUGGCUCACGCACCUCCCGGACCGGUACGACCACGAGCCGCGACUCAUGCCCUACUUGCUAAGUGCGGUUGCGGACGAGUGCGCCGAGAUCUCACAACUAGCCAUGGCGACGAUCGAGGCUUUGGGCAAGCGCUAUGCCUUGGAACACCCGGACGAUGUGAUUGAACGAACGCAGUACGCCGUGGACGGCAGUGCCUUUUGCAACUUUGAGGCGCCGUACCCAUCGCCCUUUCCCGGCCGCCCGAGCCUUGGGACGCGCUUGUACAUUCGCGGUCGUUGCCGUCGGUUCAUCAACACGCUGCUGCGAGAACUCUCGCAUUGGCAAGGCCCCAGCGGAUGCAUGCCGCGCGACUGCUGCUGUGCCUUCUCGUCUACUGCGAAGACACGAUCACGGUCGACUUGCACCACUUGGUGGCGCAUUUGACGGCGAAUUGGCACGAUGUGGAGAUUGCACCGACAUUACGCAUCGUGGGCGAGUGCUGCGGACGCUUUGCGCAGCCGUCGACCUAUGUGCCACUGCUGUUGCCGUACUUGCGUGGCGAGACGCCUGUCUUGCGCCAUCAGCCCGCGAUGGAGCUGCUUGUGACGAUGAUCCAAGGCACGAGUCCCAUGGGCUGUCGUCAGCUGCUGUGUCAACUGCCCGUCUUGACGGAAACGCUCUUGGAUCCAUUCCUUUUCGAGUCCAAGGACCCACAAGUCCGAGACAAGCUUGGCACGCUGGUCGCAGCGGUCGUGACGCUGCUUGACGGGCCCUGGAACUCCCGCACGGAGAGUUGUUUCGAGUACCAAGGUCGUUUGAUUUCCAAAGGUCUGGUCUACGAACGCCUCCAUUCGAUGCUGCUGGUGCUGCCCGUUCCUCCCACGGCUCUCGAGACGCUUCGCGAGAUUGCGGGCCAGAAUGUGUUGCUCGGGCCGACCAUGGACCUCGCCAGCACGUGCUAGCGUCGUAAUUUGAUUCAUUCUAUCUUCUCGAAUGCAGAAACAGUGUAUCGUUUGUUGACGGC